AUGGCCUUCAACGGCAAGUACGAGUUCGAGAGCGAGAAGAAUUAUGACGAGUUCAUGAAGCGCCUUGGGCUGCCCAGCGAUGCAAUUGAAAAGGGCCGUAACUUCAAGAUCAUCACAGAGGUCCAGCAGGACGGGCAGAACUUCACCUGGUCCCAGCACUACCCAGGAGGCCACUCCAUGACCAAUAAGUUCACCAUAGACAAGGAGUGCGACAUGGAGACCAUGGGAGGCAAGAAGUUCAAGGCCACGGUGCGCAUGGAGGGCGGGAAGCUGGUGGUGGAUUUCCCCAACUACCACCAGACUUCAGAGAUCGUGGGCAACAAGCUGGUGGAGAUCUCCACCAUCGGAGGUGUGACCUAUGAGCGUGUAUAUAAGAGGCUGGCCUAA